AUGGUUACCAAAUACUUGUCUGUGGCGUUGUUCGCCUCGGCUGUUUUGGCAUAUCCUAAACGACACGAACGAUUCCACUAUGGCAGUGGCACAGGUGGUGGCUGGGCUAUGCCAACUGGUGGCAUCUACCCCAUGAAUGGCACUGUUCACACCAAGGGUCCAGACUCUGGUGCUUCUUCGGUGGAGACACCCUCUUCUGUCGUGGCUACAGCUGUCAGGACUGUCACCGUUCAGCCCAUCCCGCUCGACUCGUCUUCUCCCGAUACGGCUCCCGCUCCUGCUCCGGCUUUCUCUAGCCCGCCCGAGGUUGCAGCAGUCGCUUCUAGCCCCGGGCUCGCAAAUACCGAUGCCGCCCCAACAGUCGCCGCUGCAACGGCAGCUGCUCCAACUGAUGGUGACAUGUCGUCUUGCUUCGUCUUGACUACCACCAUCACCGCCACAUCUGUCGAGUACGUCACGGUCACAGCAACUGCUGGCGUUGGUGGGUCCGAGGACUCUACAGCGACUCUCCCCUCCGAGGGAUCUGCCCCUUCAGGGGGUGCAGGCCAAUUCUUCGGGGCUUCAUCGAGCACCAGUUCUGCAUCUGUUGCACCCGAAGGCCCCGGCGGAUUCUAUGGUGCUUCUCAAAGCUGGACCUCGGCUUCAUCUACUACGUCCGCUGCACUGGGUGAUCUGUCCUCAUCAAGUUCAUUCAGCUUUGUUUCGGUUUCUGCUACUGCUGGGCAAUUCUUCCCCGGCGGCGGAAGAAGCUCGGGUGUUCCAUCCUUCGGUGGCUCUUCCAUCUCAGUGCCGUCCGUUGGUUCCCAAGGCGUUCCCCCUACAAUCAUCCCAACGACAUUGGCCACUGUGACUGGCGGGUCUCCCGCUUCCAGCGCAGCCAGCAGCGCCUCUGCGUCGUCGUCCGCCUCAAGCCCAAGCUCACCUCCUAGCACUGGCUCAUCGGGCAAGAGAGGUCUCUCUUACAACGACGCGUCCUUGACUGACGCCUUCGCCGGCAAGGGCAUGAGCUGGGCGUACAACUGGGCAGCAUCGCCAGGUGGCCAGAUUGUCUCUGGUGCCGAAUUCGUCCCUCUCCUCUGGGGCCAGAACUCCAUCUCAGGCUGGUCCAGCGCUGUUCAGUCCGCCAUCGCCAGCGGAUCCAAGCAUGCCUUGGCCUUCAACGAACCGGAUCUUGGUUCCCAAUCGAAUAUCGACCCCGCGACGGCCGCCAAGCUGUACAUCGACAACAUGAACCCCCUCUCCGGCCAAGUUGAGCUUGGGUCGCCCGCCAUCACCAACGGGGCGGGCACCAACCCACUCAUGGGCAUCGACUGGCUCAACGCCUUCUUCGAGUCCUGCAAUGGUCAAUGCAAGGUCGAUUUUGUCGCCUUUCACUGGUACGACUCGGCCAGCAACUUCGCCUACUUCAAGAGCCACGUCCAGGACGUCAUCACGGCCGCAAAAGCCAACGGGGUCAGCAAAGUCUGGCUCACCGAGUUCGGGGCGUCCGGAAGUGACAGCGAUGUCGCCAACUUCCUGACGCAAGCCAUCGACUUCCUCGACUCGACAGACGCCGUCGAGAGGUACGCAUACUUCAUGUGUUCCAACGGCAUCCUCGUCAACGGCAACUCGAUUUCAUCGCCCGUGGGCUCUGCCUACGCUGGCUAG